AUUGGAACAGUUGCAGUAGUACGCAUGAGUCGUAUCCCUGUGAAUGUUUUGCGUGCUCGAUGCCAUCUCGUUGUGCAUAAAUUUUUGCUUGAAAUUUUCGACUUGCCAAAAAUCCGAGUAAAUUUCGUGUCGAUUCGCGAGUGAAAAUUAAUUUUACGUGCGAAAAUGUCCGCGAUCGUUGGCCAGUUGGAUUUACCGUUCGGCAAAAGUGUUAUAAAUUGUGACAGUUUUGUAGCGAGUUGCCUAUAUUUACUACAUUAAUACGGGCGUUGACAACUGCGUGCGCGUGUUUCGUUAGUGGAUUUUUUUCUCCGCUUCUUCUUUAUGUGUGUUUAUCUUGUUGUUUUUGCAUUUCGUAAUUUGACGACUUAGGUACAUCGAUGUUAAGCGUUCUGUAAUUACGUACAUACCUAUAUACGAGUAUAAUUAAAUGCCUUCGCAUACCUGUGUUGUUGGUGCAUUUAUGUACUGUAGAACGAAAAAUUGAAACGAAACGGUAUUCGCCGAAACCACGAGCUAAUAAGUUGAUCAAUAUUUUCAUUACGAAUGAAUGUUCCAGCGGAAAAAAAGAGGCCUUUUUGGCUAAGCAGGCCAAUCUGGCCAUUGAACAUUAUUCCAAAACAGACAUGGGACAAUCAAGAAUGCUGACGAUAAUUGCGGAGGCCGCAACAUGAAUAACACCGGUGAAGAUUAUUGUCGCAGAGAAAGAUUGUCUAACCGACAAAGUCACCAAAUUUCGGGAGCCGCCUCCGCUACAGACCGCUAUCAUCUACCGAUACAAAAUUAUGAAGUACCGAGUGUCCGUCAUUUGCCAGUAUUCGAUUCAGCAGCGAACGAUGCGAAGCGUCUGCACCCAGCAUCUUCGUCGUCCUCUUCGUCGUCGUCCUCUUCCUCAUCCACGCCGCCGCUAUCGUUCAGCGCCUACGAAAGCACCGAAGAAACCUUAUACGUAUCCGCGUACAGCAGCCACAGCCACAGCCACAACCACAACCACAACCAUAGCCAUAGCCAUAACCAGAGUCAGAGCCACAGCCACAGCGAACGACACCUAAUAUCGGCCGGUUACGACGCGUGCUCGUCGUCAGUCGCCGGCAAUAAACGGGGCGGCGGUGGCGGUGGUGGUGACUCGCAUCUGCAUCCGGCUUACGAUUUCAACGACCAUCGCUUACCUCCGCUUCCGCCGUCUCCUAAUCACUACGUGCUGGAUUCGGGAGAACCUUAUAUUCCGCCGCCGGAUCGUUAUCUAUCGCCUCCAGCUCCGGCGCCUCCGGACAAAUUUCAAAACGUGCUCGCCUCGCAAACGCACGAUCGUUUUUACAACCUGUCGUCGAACGAUCUGUACUUGCCGCCGGCUUCUUCCACUAUAGAUAAGUACAAAGGAAACGAACGCAUCUACGAUCGUUACGGUAAUCCGUCGUCCCCGAACAGCCAGUCCGAGCAACGCUACACCAAAGACAGAUACGGUACGCUGUCGAUAGCUGCGGCGGCCGACGGCGGUGCCGGAUCCGGUGACGCGUACGCUAGACGCGAUCUCGGCCUCGGCUACCACAACCAUUACCGGUUGAGCGCCGCCAACGCCAGCUACUACCAUCACAAAGCAUCCACUGCCGUCGCCGUGAAUUUCUCCUCGCAACGCUCGCUACCGCCGCCCGCAUCGGUGGCCGUACGACCGCCGGCGCCUCUGCACAGUCAACAUCAGACGUCGUUUCGAUUCCAAAGAUGCUGUUACGGAGCUCACCACGGAGGCCGAGAUGGAUCGCAUUCGCGCGACCUCUCUCCAGCCAGCGCAACUCAAUCGCGUAUUCGCUCCAGUCGAACUUCGUCGCCGGUGUCGCUGAUACCGCCGAUUAGCGCUUCCACAAUUCCCGUAGAUUACGGGCCCGGAUCGAGAUACCUGACGUCGCCGCUGGCCGCAACGCUGCCGCGCUGCAACAGCUACGGAGACGUGCAGUGCAAUCCGUCGGCCAUGGCUGUGCAGACUUUGCGAAAAACCGGCGGACACGAAAAUUGUUGUUACAGACGACGCACGUCGUCUCCGUCAUCGUCAGCGGCCGCCGUCUGUUCCUAUUUGCCACCACCUCCGCAUCCGCAUCCGCAUCCGCAUUCGCAUUCGCAUUUGCAUUCGCAUCCGCAUCCCGCCAUCGGUUGUUAUCCGACCAACGCAUCCGCCGCAUCCACAACCGCUUCCGCCUGCAACUCGUCCACUUCAUCGCCAUCCUCCGCUUCAGCCGUCAUCGCUGCCAAUUGCGCAUCGUCGUCGUCUUCAACCUCAUCGUCGCCAUCUUCAGUUCAGCUCUCGUCGUGGAAACCCACAGGGACUGGUUAUCAAGCGAAUAAUCCCGCUGUCGGCAGUUUGGCUUCGAAUAACAAUUUAUCGUUGGUCGUCCAUCAUUCGCAAACACCUUCGAGCAGCAACAGCAAUAACACGCACAGCAAUGUCAACUCUCCGUCUCUAUUGUUCGCAUCUUCCAGAUCCAGUCCGUUGUUGACGGCUGUUUGCACAACUAACAUCAUCGCAUCUUCCACUACCUCACCCGUAUCCGUGAACAGCGGUAAUAACAACACGUCGAUGGAGCAUCACUCGCAACACGUUCAACGUUCGGUUUCUGCUCCGGCUGCCGAACUAGACGAUGAAACGGCAUCGCCGUCCACCGAGAUGGUCGACGAGUCACUUUCUUCGCUUUCUUCGAUCCACGAUAGUGUUAGCUCGUCAGCGGCGACCAUUCGUCAGCACGGUGCUCAUCAUCGUAAUCCUCCGACGUCGUUACCGGUGCAGUUGUCGUACGAUCGACCGAACCUAAAACCUCCGCUUCAGCAUCAAAUAUCUGCUCCCGUUACCGUUACCGAAGUCGCGUCUUCCAGACGAUAUAGUAGGCCAAUUCCCAAAAAGGAUAUAAUUAGAGAUUUUAUUAAAAAAGAGACGGCUGUGUUCUUCGGAGUUCACGAACCCACCGAAGAAAACGAACGAGCUAAAUGGCUCGAUCGAAGAAAAAGACUGGCGUGUCGUACCUAUGGCAAGUUGAAAAAUGAGUAUCAACCAUCCACGGCGUACAGCACACUUAUGAAGCCCGAUGUUUUGCAAAUGACGUCCGAUAAAAAGAAGGCUACCGCGCCUACUGACGAAAGAGACGCGGCAGAACCUCGCUCGAUAGAAUCAACGCUCAAAAGAAAACCAUCUGUUGCUAAAAUGACCAUUGACGGAAUGGCUUACGUCGUUUCGACGUUGGGAAGGCACAAAAGAAGAUCUAGUUCCGCUUCCAGGGAAUGGUCGAGAAGCUACGCUCCGUCGUCGGUUCCACCGACUCCAUCUUCUCCUUUGGAUGAUGAAGUUUUCUUUGACAAAACGACUAGCACAGUUGAAGGAAAUCUCCCCCGUUCGUCUCAAAGUCAGCUUCCGUUUACGAGUGCUUUCAGUUCGGUUACUGAUCAGGUGGAUGGCGAGGGAGCGGCUGUUCGUGGCGGUUACGUAUCGUCUCAGAAAAUCCGAAAAGAGAGAUAUUACACGUGGAGAAGAAGAAACGAAAGGACGGAAGAAAGCAGCGAACAAGUUGGAAUCGGUAUGUCGCAUAUUUGGACUAGACUCCUGGAUAGAGUACUCGAUAAUUCCGAUCGAAGAGAAUACGGAAUGGGUUUCGUGGGCAGAGUGUUCGGGAGAUCGUUAAAGAGAUCCGUAAUGAAUAGAGAGCCGAUCAAAGAACAACUGGAAGACCUCGAAGAUCAUCGACCGUUUUUUACUUAUUGGGUGACCACGGUGCAGAUACUAAUUUUAGCGCUUUCCAUUUUCGCGUACGGAUUAGGUCCGAUUGGGUUUGAUUUGACUCAGCGAUCGGGAUUGGUGUUGGUGACUAGUCUGUCGUUGCAACAAGUCGAAUACAGCGAACCGUCAAAUUUUUGGUUCGGGCCUCGAGCGGCUGAUCUAAUUCAUAUGGGCGCCAAGUUCGCGCCUUGCAUGAGAAAGGAUAAAAAAAUUAUCAAAGAAAUUGAAAAGAUGAGAGAUAAAGAACGUGAGACCGCUUGCUGUAUUAGGAACGACGAUUCUGGCUGUGUUCAAGCUUCUAAAACUGAGUGUUCAUAUCUAAUACCAUCGCGCAAUCAAUUGACUGCGAGGAAUACUUGGCCAGCGAACCACAUAUCUACAUGGAAAAAAUGGUCUCGCGCCGAAUCUGGCCCUGGUGGACGUAUAUCCGGAUCCGUAUGCGGAUUAGACCCAAAAUUUUGCGAAGCUCCGGCUUCGGUGGCGCCUUACGAAUGGCCGGACGAUAUAACCAAAUGGCCUAUUUGUAGAAAAAUGAACUCCAGAUUUCCCAGUCAGCUGUCUCCUUAUCGUUUUCAAAAAGAUAAGAUGACUGCCGAACAUAUGGUUUGCGAAGUGAUAGGUCAUCCGUGCUGUAUAGGUAUUCAUGGUACCUGUCGUAUCACUACGAAAGAAUAUUGCGAUUUUGUACGCGGAUUUUUUCACGAAGAAGCUUCCUUGUGCUCGCAAGUUUCCUGUUUGGAUGACGUUUGCGGCAUGAUACCGUUUUAUUUUCCCGAGGUUCCUGAUCAGUUUUAUCGAUUAUGGACUUCUUUAUUUAUUCACGCUGGUAUUCUUCAUUUAACAAUCACCGUAUUAAUUCAGUAUUUUCUAAUGAGAGAUUUGGAAAAGCUGACCGGAGCAGUAAGGAUAGGUUUCAUUUAUAUUGGUUCGGGAGUAGCUGGUAAUCUGGCGAGCGCGAUAUUCGUUCCGUACAGAGCUGAUGUUGGUCCGGCUGGUUCUCAAUUCGGUUUACUAGCCUGUCUUAUAGUGGAAGUGCUGAACUGUUGGCCAAUGCUGAAACAUCCUUUCCAAGCGUUAAUGAAACUGUUGGUGAUAACGUUUUUAUUAUUUCUUUUUGGAUUACUACCUUGGGUAGAUAAUUUCGCUCAUUUAUUCGGAUUUAUUUUCGGUUUCUUGCUAUCGUACGCGUUACUACCGUUCGUCUCGUUCGGACCGUACGACAGGCAGAAAAAGAUAUUUUUAAUAUGGGUGUGUUUGUUAUCCAGUUUAUUUUUAUUCGUACUAUUGGUACUACUUUUUUAUCUGAUUCCUAUUUACGAUUGCGAAAUAUGCCACUACUUCAACUGCAUUCCAUUAACCAGAGAUUUUUGCGCAACGCAAAAUAUCAACUUUAAACGCGAAGAGUACGUCGUAUGACAAUGGUGUUGGCUACGGUUUUGCCGUAAAACCGUGCCUUCUCGUAUCACUUUCUUUCCACCUCUUCAACGUUUCGCCCUUAUCGUCCAUUCGCUCACUGCUAAUGGUGCCGUCGUCGCAGUCGUCGCCGUUGUAAUCGCAUUCGCUGUUGCUUUUUGGCCGAUGCUUAAGUACUAUAUUUUUGUCUUGCCGAAUCGAAUCAAAUUUUUCACCAAUACCGAGAGAUGGCCGAUCUUUCGCUUUCUCGAAAAAUUUCAACUUCAAUUUGUGACCAAGUGUUUCGCUAUGUGUAACUAAACGCAAGCGCAGUGUUUGCCUCGAAUGAUGGAACAACGUAAACUUCGUGAGCGAUAUUAAUUGUACGCAAAUCGAAUUUUAGGUACGAGAAUCGUUUAUCUGUGGUAUUCGAAGAAAAAUAGAGUAGCGGUUAAGGUUAAUAUUUCUACUUUCGAUACAAGUAGCGCUUGUAAAGCAUAAACGUGGGGUUUUCUUCUAAAUGUAGACUUACAUUCGAGUUUAUCGAGUACGCGUUUCAUUGGCAAAAAACUUGAUUCAAAAUUUGUCGAGUUUUCCUGUAGCAUUAAUUACUGAAAUUUUCGAAGAUAUUCUAACAUAUUCCGUUGUGAAUCGAGUAACAUUCGCGAGAAAAUUCGCUCCUUUUUUUCAGGUAUUUUUAUUGAUGAUUUGACGAUAGACGACAAAUUAAGUAUGUAUGUAUUAUUGAACAUAUUUUGGUUCGGGAACGAAAGUAAUCACCUACCUAUAUUGAAAGUAGGCGAGUAAUCACGAUUUAAAAAAUUUGGAUUCUUUUUUCAACCAUAUUGAUAUGCCUUGGUGAGGAACUACGUAGUGUUCAGAAAACUGGAAAAUUUACAUUUCAGCAGAUUUACGUAUAGUUUCGAUGAAAUUAUCCAAACAACGAGCAGUUAUUCCGGUUUUUUAUUUUUUUACGCGCGCUUUAAUUUUAUUAUUUACUCGCGCUUAGUAUUCGUUCAACAGUAUUUCAAUUUUUUCUCCUCGAUGUACAGUAUUAGGUUCUAACGAUGCUUUUUAUUUGACACCUAUUUUAUCGUUUAUUUACGUACUUUCUUACUCAUUCCGUGAUUUUCCUUUGUGCUUUGUUUCUAUUUUAUGUUAAAUAUUACGUGUUGCUGUUAGGUAUUUCUUGUAAUUCCUUUUUUAUACUCGUUUGAAUCGAAUUGUAAUAUAGUAGGUAGAUACUACAUAAUUAUUAUACAUAUAUUUAUGUAGUACUUACAGUACGUAUGCGUAAGUAAAAUUUUUAUACAAUUUUUUUAAAUUUCAGUAUUUACUCGUAUCAAUACGUGUUUAUGUAUUUGUUCGCGUUUGUAUGUGUUGGUCAAAUCAUAGGUAACGUGGGUGCUUCAUGUAUCGAUAAUUCAAUUAUAGCAAUAACGGAGAAAUAGUUGAGUUUUCAAUUUUUUAAAUCUUCAUUAUUGUCAUCUGUUCGGAAAUUUUGACUUUUUGAUUAUCUACAUAAUAAAUUUAUCAAUCCGAUUACCUACUCUCUCCAAGUCUCGAAAAUUAUUCGUACAGACUCGUCAUUGGUGUUUGGUUUUGCCAGUGUCUGUCCAAAACAAUUGUUCAAUUGCGAUUUUAAUUUAUUUCGAACGUUCGGAAAUAUUUGCCUGAAAAUUACGAGGUCUAUAAUAAAGUACUCCGUAACUAUCGUUUCAAAAAUGCCGGGUCAAGUCGACGAGAAAGUCCGAAUCCUCGGCAAUUCUUCAACAGUGGCCUGUGACUUGUGAUUGCUUACUAUAUACUUAUCUAGUUAAUAACUUGAUGUGUUCAUUUGUACUUAUGUACUACGUUCGUUAUUGUACUGAAAAAGAAAAAAAAAUAGACGAAUACAUGAGGAAAGAACUUAAAAAAUAAGUAGGUAGGUACAUAAUUACACGAGCAGGUUAUUUGCAUAGUGUCGUUUAGGUUGUCGUUAUUAUCUACAUGGUUAUGCCUACCGAUUUCCGUUAUACUUUCUUCUGAGCGAAUUUGCUACGAUUUAUCUGUACCUAAAAUUAUUUAUACACGCGUCCUCGUUCUCUAUGUAUAUCAUAUUUAGCUAUACGUGCGAUGUAAAGCAAAUAAUACCUAAUUAAUGGAUUAUUUAAUACCUAUAAUAAAAUAUGUAAAAUUA